AUGGUUUGUGCACCGGGGUGUGCGCGGGGCGAGGCGCGGGGCGCAGGGGCUCGGGGUCGGGGGGCAGGCCGGGAGGGGAGGGGCGUGGGGGUGUGUUUACCGCGCGGAGCGGCCUGCUCGCUCGCCGGUAGCGCCAGUGUUGUGGUAGGUCCCACGGAAAGCGCCCGCAUCGCGCUAACCCAUUCGCGAUCGCGACUCCGUACCGACGGAACACGUCAUCGGUUAUUACAAAUGGCCUUAUCGCUGCAGUCGACUCAGAACUCUAGAGGUGUUUCGGUAAGGCCGCUGUCAAGUAUGCGUCAGGAGUCGCUGCCCAUGUUGGCAGAGCGGCUGCUGGCGAGCCGCGCGGCAGCGCUGGUCGCCGGCCUGCCCGCCGAGCUCUAUUCGGGCGCGCUGCUGGCAGCCUGGCCGCCCUCUCCGCCCGCGCCCCUGCUGCCUCCACCCGAUCUGGAACGAGCACGAAAGCGGCGCCGCACACCCAAGCUCGACGACAGCUCCGCCUCCGCACCGCCCUCCCCUCCUUCCUCUGGCUCCUCGCCCGGCGCCGCCGACCCUCCGCGCGACAAGCUCUUCACCUGCAAGGUGUGCUCACGCUCCUUCGGCUACAAGCACGUCCUGCAGAACCACGAACGCACUCACACCGGCGAGAAGCCAUUUGAGUGCGGCGAAUGCCAUAAACGAUUUACUCGCGACCAUCACCUCAAAACACAUCUCCGCCUCCACACCGGCGAGAAGCCCUACAGCUGCCCCCAUUGCCCACGCCACUUCGUGCAGGUCGCGAACCUGCGCCGGCACUUGCGCGUGCACACCGGUGAGCGGCCGUACGCAUGCGCGCGCUGCCCCGCUCGCUUCUCCGAUUCCAAUCAGUUGAAGGCGCACGCCCUGGUACACGAGGGCGACGCGCCGUUCGCGUGUCGUUGUGGUGCGAGAUUCAGGCGUCGACAGGCGGCCGCGUUGCACCGUUGCGUCGGCGCUGGCUGUGAAGCAGAUGCGCCCAGCCCGCCGGCUGCCGCCGCCGCCGACUGGCGUUGGGAUGACUGGCCGGAGCAGACAGAGCCUGAAGACCUAUCGCUGCCUCGGAGACCGGCCACCCCAGACUCCCCGACCGACCUUCGCGUGCACGCCGCGUAG